AUGGUUCGCCUGGCCCUCCUCGCCGCCCUGGCAGCCGCGGAAACCUUCGACUUCGUCCACGAGCACUGGACGGAGAUCGUGGCGCCGGCCAACGGCGAGCGCUUCGGCGCCGGCGCGGCGCUCGCCGUCGUCGCCGAGCUGCGGUCCGCGUCCCUGCCGGCGGUGCGCAACGCGACCGUCGUGAGCCUGCCGCUGCGCGUCGCGACGUCGGAGCGCCUCUACAGCUUCGGCGUCGGCGAGGCGCCGGCGGACGCCGCGGCGCCGGGCCGCGUCGCCGCCUUCUGCGCCGCCGUCGGCCUCGAGCCGGCGAACUGCGCCAAGGUGACGCGCGUCGUCGCGAGCCUCGCGGCGCACGUCGCCGCGCCGGCGCCGGCGCCCCGCGUCUGCGUCGCCCUGCAGCGCGGCGGCGACGCGGCGCGCGAGGUCUGCGCCGACGGCGGCCGCGCGACGCUCGCCGUCGCCGCCGCGGCGCCGGGCGCGUACGUCGCGACGUCGGCGGCCGAGGGCGCGGCCGGCGCCGCGGCGCCCGCGGGGAGCCCCCAGGCGGCCAAGGCCGCCGUGCGCUUCGAGGGCAUCCUCGGGAACCUCGUCGGCUCGCUCCACUUCUGGGAGCCCGGCGAGGUCCUCGACGUCUACGACCUCGGCCUCUCGCCGGCGGCCCGGGCCGACGUCGCGGCCAUGGCCGACGUGCGCCUCCUGCCCCUCGCGCCGGCCGCCGCGCGCGCGCUCUCGGCGCGCUACGGCGUCGCCGUCGCCGAGCGCGACGUGCCGCCGCACCUGCUCAACGCGUCGACCUACGCGUUCAAGGCCGCCGUCGUCGCCGACGCCCUCGCGGCCCACGGCGCGACGCUGUGGAUCGACGCGAACGCGGAGCUCCGGCGGCCCCUGGACGAGGUCCGGUGCCUCGUCGCGGAGCGCGGCCACUUCCUCGUCGAGCACCCCUACCGCUUCCCGACGGCCCAGUUCCACCACCCGGCGGCCCUCGCGCGCCUCGGCUGCGCCGCGCCCGACUUCUCCCGCGAGCACUGCGCGACGACGUUCAUCGGCGCCGCGCGCCGCGGCUGGCUCGCGCGGGACGUGCUCCCGCGCCUCGUCGACUGCGUCGCGGACCCGGACUGCAUCAACCCGCCGGGCAGCUCGCGGGCGAACCACCGCCAGGAGCAGACGGCGCUCAACGCGAUCCUCUGCGCGCGCGACUACGACCCGGACGGCGCGUGCCACGGCGACAAGCGCUUCCGCAUGACGUCGGACUUCGAGAACGACGCGGACCCCGUCCAACCGACGGCGGACGAGACGGACUGGAACGACGUCGUCUUCUACACGCGGCGCAACCACGCGCUCAAGCCCUACCGCCGCUGCGGACAUGGCGCUGCUGGCCACUGCCCGCACGCGAUGAUCGGCCGCCGCGCCGCCUUGUGCGGCCUCGCCUGCGUCGUCGUCGUCGCGCUCGCCGGGUCGCUCGCGCUCGGCGCGCUGCUCAGCACGUCCUGGUCCCUGCAGCGGUGCCGGAAGCAGAAGAAAUCGCUGUGGGGCUGCCUGGCGCCGUCCUGGGCCGUGCCGGCGCGCUGCGUGACCUGCCGGCAGACCUGCACGGCCGUCGGCGACUGCCUGCAGCGCGUCCAGCGCGCGGAGCGCGCGGCGCUCUGGCACGGCCGCGCCUUCCGGUCGAGCGGCGUCUUCGGCCGCGGCGCCAAGGUCUACCGCCACUCGGCGUCCGGCGACGCCGCCGACGGCCCCACGCGCGCGGACAUCGAGGCCCUCCUGGGCUACGCGCCCGAGCGGGGCCGGAACCGCUGCGUCGACGCCUGCGGCGGCUCGCGGCCGCGCGACCGCGACGGUCCGGAGCGGGCCGCGCUGCUCGCGCCCGGCGCGAUGGCCGCGUACGCGCGGCGCGAGCGGACGACGCCCCGGGCGGCCCUCGCGCGGGCGCGGGCGCGCGCGCGGCGGCGCUACGGCUUCGCGCGGGCGCCGCGCCUGGACGCGGCGCUCGGCUAUUCGGACGCCGCGUGCGACGUCGCCGUGCACCGGCGGCUCGGCGACGUCCUGACGGCCAUCCCGAACCGCACGGUCGCGGACGCGGGCGUCCUCGCGGCCCUCGACAAGGUCGUCCGGACCUGCGCGCUGGAGCCGCGCGUCCACGUCUUCACGGAGGCCUUCGCGCUCGGGACCGCCGCGGGCGCGGCGCGCGCGCCGCCGCCGGACGCCGUCGAGCACGACGCCGCGCCCGACGGCCGGGGCCGCUACGCCCUGACCUUCCGCUACCUCGAGCGCUGGGGGCUGCGGCGCGGCAUCAACACGACCGUCCACGCCGGCGGCGACGUCACGCUCGCGUUCCACGGCAUGGUCACGGCCGACGUCCUCGUCGUCGCGCCGUCGCUCUUCUCCGCGACGGCGGCCUUCCCCGCGCGGGGCCGCGUCUUCGACGCCUGCGGCGACGCCGCGGACGACGCGCUCUUCGCCGACCCGGUCCGCGCGUCCUACAGCCCCCACGCCACACCCGAUAUGGCGGAUUGGCGCGCGGGGCUCUUCGACUCGGACGACGACGACGGCGACGCGGGCGCGGCCUUCGAGCGCUACGCGGCGGAGUUCGCGGCGGCGCCCGAGGAGGACGUGGCCGCGCCGCCGCCGGCGCCGCCCCGCGCGCCCCCGCGCGCCCCCCCGCCGCGCGAGGCCCGCCGCGGGGACAUCCUCGUGAGCGCGGCGGCGGCGGCGGAGGUCGCGCGGUCCUACUCGCCCCACGCGCUCGCGGCCGCCGCGGAGACGGAGCGCGCGCUCGCGGACCUGUCCGCGUCGAUGGGCCUCGUCGGCCGCGUGCGGCCCCUGAGCGCCGACGAGGUCAACGAGGAGCUGGGGCCCGCCGAGGAGGCGCGCCGCCGGCGCCACGCCGCGCGCCGCGGGUCGCCGCAGAAGGCGCCGCGGCGCCGCGCGCCGCGGGGCGACCGCCGCGAGGUCGUCGAGCUCGUCGACGACGACGACGCGUCGUCGAGCGCGUCCGACAGCGGGGCCCGGGCGACGGCGGCGGCCCUCCAGCGCGCCGACGAGCUCGCGAAGCGCGAGGCCGCGGCCGAGGCCGCGCGCGCCGCCGCGGCCGCGGACGCGCGGCGCCGCGCGGAGCACGAGGCGCGCGCGGCCGCGGACGCGCGCGCGGCCGCGCGGCGCGAGGAGGCGGCGGAGGCCGCGCGCGCCGCCGCCGUCGCGCGCGCCGAUGAGCUCGAGGAGAAGCUCGCGGCGGUCCAGGAGCGCGCGACGGCCGACGCGCUCGCGACGGCGACGGCCGAGCUCGAGGCGACGCGCGACCGGCUCCUGCGGGCCCAGCUCCAGCUCAGCGAGGCGCGCGAGGCCGACGAGCAGCGGGCCAAGGAGGAGACGGUCGCCGCGGAGCUCGAGCGCACGCGACGGGAGCUCGCGCGCGCCAACUCGGAGAUCCGCGACGGCGAGGCGCGCGCCGUCCGCGCGGCCGCCGCGUCCGAGCGGGCCGUGCUCCACGCCGCGCUCCGGGCCACCGUCGACCACAUCCCGGACGUCGACGCCGCCGUACCGCCGCCGCCGCCGCGCCGCGCGGCGCCGGAGCCCGAGGCGGCGCCGCCGCCGCCGCGGCCGCCGUCGCCGCCGCGGAGCCCCGAGCCGCGGCCGCGCGCGCGCGCGCCGCCGCGGUCGCCGGCGCCGCGGGCCGAGGACUACGGCGUCCCGCUGCGCUACCUCGAGACGGCGUCGCAGGCCGCGCCGCCCCGGGACCCGCUCCCGGACCCCGUCGCCGCGCUCAUCGUCGAGUCGGACGCGGCGCUCAGUGCGGCGCUCCGCCGGACGACGGCCGAGCGCGAGAACGCGCGCCUCGCCGCGGAGACGCGGCGCCUCCAGGGCCAGAUCGCCGCCAUGCUCCAGGACGCGACGGAGCUCCGCCAGAUGUACGCGGACCGCUGCGGCGACUGCGACGAGUGGCGCGACAAGUACGAGGCCGCGCGGGCCGCGCUCGACAAGAGGCCGACCGCGGGCGCCGCGGAGCUGCGCCGGGACCUCGCGGAGGAGCGGCGGGCCCACGCGGAGACGAAGGACGACCUCCGGUCCCGGGGCCGCGCCCUCGCGGCCGCGCGGUCGUCCGCGGACGCCGCGCGGAAGCGCGCGGACGACGCGGAGCGCCGCGCGGGCCUCUUGGAGGACCGCGCGAAGACGCGCGACAACCUCGCGGCCGAGGACCGCCUCGCGCUCAAGAGCGCGCGGCGGAGCCGGCGGCCCGAGCCCGGCGACGACGCCGCGGAGCGGCUCGAGGCGUCGAAGCGCGACACGAAGAAGGCGCUCGCGCGCGCGGCCGAGCUCGCGCGCGAGGCGGCCAAGGCGUCGACGCGCGUCGCGACCUUCAAGCGGGAGAACGACGCGCUGCGCGCCGAGGCCACGCAGCUCAAAUUGGCGCUGUCCACGUCCGUCGACGACCGCGCGGCGGCGAAGCGCAAGCACGGCAUCCUGGCGACGCAGACCGACGACCGCAUCGACCAGCUCAAGCAGGCGAACGCGCGCCUGUCGCUCAAGGUCGACGCGGCCGCGGCGGCCGAGGCCGCGGCGGCCGCGCGCGCGGACGCGACGGACAAGCUCGCGGAGCGCAUCCGCCUCGCCGUCCAGACGAAGCUCGCGCGCGCCGCGCGCGACUUCAGCAAGUACCAGCGCGACGUCGAGACCAAGUUCCGCGCGCUCGAGGUCGAGGUGGACCUGCCCGCGCCGCCGGCCUUCCUCGGCGCGUCCUCGUCCAAGGGCAAGCGCCGGGGCAGCGCGGCCGCCGGCGCGUCCUAAGGCCUCGAUCGCGUC